AUGGGAAACUACGCGCCCAGUCGUCUCAUAUUCAAGGACCCAUCAGCGCAUGCUAAAACUAAGCAUCUAGUUAUUCCUUUCUGCACUAUCAAGGGGGUCAAUAACUCAACCGAGCGUACAUCAUAUAUAUUUCCCAACUCCUCGACUUCCCACUACUCGAGUACUGACAACACACGUUUCUUCGAAUCGUCUCCAUCUGAAUUAUGUGGUAUUCCUUUUGCCGCGCUUCCGAAUGAAUUUUCGAGGGUACAUCUAUCGUAUAUAUCCAGACGCUUCUUCCACUUUUUCCCAGAAUCGUUUGCGUUUUCUGAUUCUGAUGCCAUUGCUAUUGCUAUUGCCAUUGCCGUUCAUGAGUUGGAAUCUGGAGUCUGGAGUCCCAGCGAGGGAGGCUACAGUACACCCAUGUAUGCUGUUGGGGAUGAUUGA